UCUGAACCCUCGUUCUCUAUCUCAAGAACGAAUCUUUCAGGAAGACAAGCUUUCAACCCAAAUCCCUAACCAUGGUUGUCGAGAAGAAACGCCCUCUUCAGUCGAGUAACAAUGCCAACAUGGCUCCGCCACCAACCGCCGCCGGCGCCGGUGGAAAGACGAUCGAAGAAAUGUACCAGAAGAAGUCUCAACUUGAGCACAUCCUCCUCCGACCGGAUACCUACAUUGGGUCGAUCGAGAAACACGCCCAAAACCUUUGGGUCUACGAGAACGAGGAGAUGGUCAACCGUUCCGUUAGCUACGUCCCUGGUCUGUACAAGAUCUUUGAUGAGAUUCUCGUUAAUGCUGCCGAUAACAAGCAAAGGGAUCAGUCCAUGGAUAGCCUCAAGGUUGUGAUCGACGUCGAAAAGAACUGUAUUAGUGUCUACAAUAACGGUGAUGGAGUCCCUGUGGAGAUUCACCAGGAGGAGCAGGUCUAUGUUCCUGAACUGAUCUUUGGGCAUCUGCUGACGAGUAGUAACUAUGAUGAUAAUGUCAAGAAAACUACUGGUGGACGAAAUGGGUAUGGUGCUAAGCUCACUAAUAUCUUCUCAACUGAGUUUAUCAUCGAGACCGCUGAUGGAAAGCGUCUGAAGAAGUACAAGCAGGUUUUCUCCAAUAACAUGGGGAAGAAAACUGAUCCAGUGAUCACAAAGUGCAAGGAGAGUGACAACUGGACCAAGGUGACUUUUAAGCCAGAUUUGGCUAAGUUUAACAUGACACAUUUAGAAGAUGAUGUUGUUGCGCUGAUGAAAAAGAGAGUUUUUGAUAUGGCUGGAUGCCUUGGGAAUAAUGUGAAAGUGGAACUUAAUGGAAAACGAGUUCCUGUGAAAUCAUUCUUAGAUUAUGUUGAUCUUUAUUUGCGCUCUGCCCGCAAAUCAGAUGCUACUAUUCCGAGGAUCACAGAGAAAGUGAAUGACAGGUGGGAGGUUUGUGUGAGCCUUAGUGAUGGGCAAUUUCAACAGGUUAGCUUUGUAAAUUCGAUUGCCACAAUUAAGGGUGGAACUCAUGUAGAUCACGUCACAAGUCAGAUCACUAAUCAUGUCAUGAAUCUUGUAAAUAAGAAGAACAAGAAUGCUAACUUGAAAGCCCACAAUGUGAAGAAUUAUUUAUGGGUUUUUGUCAAUGCUCUUAUUGACAAUCCUGCUUUUGAUUCUCAAACUAAAGAAACUCUUACCAUUCGUCCAAGCAGUUUUGGGUCUAAAUGUGAACUCCCACCAGAUUUCUUAAAGAAAGUGGCAAAGUCUGGCAUUGUGGAUAGUCUUCUUUCCUGGGCCAACUUCAAGCAGAACAAGGAUCUUAAGAAAACAGAUGGAGCUAAGACAGAAAGGGUUCACAAUAUUAAUAAGCUGGAGGAUGCUAAUGAAGCCGGAGGAAGGAACUCUGAAAAAUGUACCUUGAUUUUGACUGAAGGAGAUUCGGCCAAAGCUCUAGCAAUGGCUGGACUCUCUGUCGUUGGUCGAGACCAUUAUGGUGUUUUCCCAUUGAGGGGUAAACUACUCAAUGUAAGGGAAGCUAGCGCUACCCAGGUGAGGGACAAUGAAGAAAUCAAGAACAUCAAGAGAAUUCUUGGGUUGCAGCAAGAUAAGGAAUACACAAGCGUGAAGUCUCUGAGAUACGGUCAUCUGAUGAUAAUGACUGAUCAGGAUCACGAUGGUUCACAUAUCAAGGGUCUGUUGAUUAAUUUCAUUCAUUCUUUCUGGCCAUCACUUUUGAAAAUUCCAUCCUUCUUGGUGGAGUUUAUUACUCCUAUUGUGAAGGCAACUAACAAAAGUGGAAACGAAUUAGCAUUUUAUACCAUGCCCGAGUAUGAGGCCUGGAAGGAAAGUUUGAGGGGAAAUGCAAGUGGGUGGACCAUAAAGUACUAUAAGGGGUUGGGAACCAGCACAUCAAAGGAAGGAAGGGAUUACUUUCAAAAUCUGGACAUGCACAAAAAAGAUUUCAUGUGGGUGGAUGAGAAAGAUGGUGAGGCAAUUGAGCUUGCAUUUAGUAAGAAAAAGAUAGAGGAGAGAAAGUGUUGGCUCCGUAGAUUUGAGCCUGGUACUCACCUGGACCAAAAGGAAAAGCUCAUUAAAUACAGCGACUUUGUUCACAAGGAACUUAUAUUGUUUUCUUUGGCUGAUCUACAAAGGUCCAUUCCUUCAAUGGUUGAUGGCCUAAAGCCUGGUCAAAGGAAGAUCCUCUUUUGUUCUUUCAAGAGGAACUUUGUAAAAGAAGCAAAGGUUGCUCAGUUUUCUGGUUAUGUAUCUGAACAUUCAGCCUAUCACCAUGGUGAGGCGAGUCUUGCCGGUACCAUCAUUGGAAUGGCACAGGAUUAUGUGGGUAGUAACAACAUCAAUCUUUUACAGCCAAAUGGUCAGUUUGGCACACGUAACCUGGGAGGAAAGGACCAUGCUAGUGCUCGUUAUAUCUAUACCCGCUUAUCUCCUAUCACAAGGUCACUUUUCCCAAAGGAUGAUGACAUCCUUCUUGACUACUUGGAUGAGGAUGGUCAAUCCAUUGAGCCAACUUGGUACGUGCCAGUCAUUCCAACGGUUCUUGUUAAUGGCAGUGAGGGUAUUGGAACAGGUUGGAGUUCUUACAUUCCUAAUUAUAACCCAAGAGAUAUAGUUGCAAACGUAAGGAACUUGCUAAAUGAUGAGGAAAUGGUACCAAUGGCUCCAUGGUACCGAGGAUUCAAGGGAACUAUAGAGAAGUCUUCUAAGGAUGCAAGCUACAACAACAGUGGGAUAAUAGAGGAAAUUAAUGAGACGACGAUCAGAAUUACUGAGCUUCCAGUUCGUAGGUGGACUCAAGAUUACAAGGAGUUUUUGGAAUCUAUUACUCGAGGAAAUGAUAAAGCCAAAGAUCCAUUUAUUGAUGGUUUUACACAGCACAGUGAUCACAGUACUGUGGAUAUCCUGGUUCAGUUGCCCGAAGAGAACUUGAUGGCCGCUAAGCAAGAUGGUCUGUUGAAGAAAUUUAAACUGACCACUGCAUUAAACACAAGUAACAUGCACCUGUUUGAUGAAAAUGGCUUAAUAAAGAAAUAUGAUACUCCUGAGCAAAUCCUUGAAGAAUUUUUCCACAUUAGACUACGAUUAUAUGAGAAGAGAAAGAAAGUUCUACUGGAUAAUCUAGAGUUGGAUCUUUUGAAAUUGGAGAACAAGGUUCGGUUUAUUCUUGGUGUUGUGAAAGGGGAGAUUGUUGUGAGCAAUAGAAAGAGAGCGGAUCUGUUCGUUGAGUUGCAACAGAAAGGUUUUACUCCUUUCCCUAAGAAAACUAAAGCCGUUGAGCCAGAGGUAGCUGGGGCAAUCGAUGAAACAGAAGAUAAUAAUGAUGAUGAUGCUGAGGCUGCUGCUACUGAAGUUCGGAUUGGUGAUUACGAGUAUCUGCUGUCUAUGGCAAUUGGAACACUGACACUUGAGAAGGUCCAAGGAUUGUUAUCUGAACAGGAUAAGCUUAACAACCAGGUUGAUGAACUGCGAAAAGCAACUCCGAAGUCAUUGUGGGCUAAAGAUCUUGACAAUCUUGAGAACGAGCUGACUGAGCUUGAAAAAAGUGAUGCACUAGCAGAGGAGUUGAAAAAGAAAGCAAAAGGCCAAAUAAAGAAGGGGGCAGCGCCUGUUAAAGUUUCCAGACAAGCACCGAAAGCCCCACGCAAGAAUACCAAGAAAGCCAACAAUGCUGAAGCUGUUGACCAAAUCACCGAAACAUUUAAUUCCGCAAUGGAUAUUGAGAAACCUCCAGAGAAAGCUAAACCGAAAGGCAGAGCAGCCCCAAAGAAGGCUGCUGCUGCUAAGAAGGCGGUGGUAGUCAGUGAUGACGACGAUGAUGAAGUACUUGAGUUGAAAGAUCGACUUGCUGCCUACAAUCUUGACUCAUCUCCUGAUAAACCAGCAGAAGUGCCCCAGGCUGCUCCAGCCCCGAAGAAAGCUCCUACCAAGAGGGCUGCUGCAAAGAAGAAAACUCUUCCAGAUGCUGAUCUUGAUGAUGAGGUAGAUGAAGAUGACGACGACGACGACGACGACUUUGAAAUGGAAACUGGUGCAGGCUCCUCUGGUGGUAAUAAGAAGGGAGGAAAGAAAGGAGCUGCAGCAAAACCAAAGGCUGCAGCCAAGGCUCCUACCGGAGCAGCAGCAGCAAAGAGGAGAGGUGGUGCAGCAGCCAGCAAACAGGCGGCUCAGUUGCUGGGGCAAAGGUUUUUGACUGAUAUGUUGAAGCCUGCUGAGAGCUCAGGGAUUUCCCCAGAGAAGAAAGUGAGGAAAAUGAGGGAAUCCCCAUUUAACAAGAAGAGUGGUUCUUUGUUGGGAAGGACUAUUGGGAAAGAAAAUGGUGAGGAGGAGGAGGAGGAGGAGGAAAAUGAGAGUGGAGAGAAGCCAUCAUCUUCUUCUUCUUCUACUUCUACUACUACUUCUGAGGUUGCUGAAGUCGUCAAAGCUAGACCUAUGAGGGCUAACCGUAAGCAGAUGAGAUAUGUGCUGAGUGACUCUGAAAGUGAGAAGGCUACUGAGGAGGAUUCUGAUUUUGAUGCCUCAUCAUCAAGUGAUGAGGAUGUUGACUUUGAUUGAGAGAACCGCUUGUUUGUUUUCCUUUGUGUAUAUAUAAAACUAGAUUUAUAACGUUGUUUGAAUGAUUAUUUUUGGAUUUCGUUAAGACUUUGCUGUAGUUAAGUUUCUUGUGGAACACUGGUAAGUUGUUGUAUUGUAAUUUGUGACUCUGGUGAGUUCCAAGUGUUGCUGAUUUCUAACAUUUUCUAUUUACUGCUAAUGAUUGGUGAAAA